AUGCGCUUGCUGCUGGUGCUGCUGCUGCUGCUGGUGUUUUCGUUUCUGAGUGAUCUGCAGAAGCAGAACGGCUGCUGCGUGGCCCCCCAGCUGGAGUUGUUGCGGGACUUGCUCUACAUAGACCAACAGCAGCAGCAGCAGCAGCGACAGCAGCUCGCACUGCUGCAGCAGCAAAUGCCCAAUGCAGUGACGCCGCAGCUGCUGCACCUUAUCCAAUCGCUUUGGGACGAACUCGAAGGAACAUCUGGGCCCUUAGAAUUAUACCGCUCUGUUGCCUUCAUAGAGGCAGACUGCAAGAUGCCCUUAGACCGGACCUGCUCUCGGGGCCUUAACCGCUCUGUCUUCGCGGUCGAUGCGACAAUAGAGGGCCUCAACUACGAAGCCUUAACCAGCAGCAGCAGCAGGAGCGGCAGGAAUGAUGAGGGGGAGGAGCUGCUGCGUCACGUGCUGCGUGAUGUGUUCGCUGCUGCUUUGGGGCUGCCAGCUGUAGAGAGGCUCCGGAAGGACGAUUCCUCUGGCCUGGCGGCGCUUAUGUCUACUGAGCUGCAGCGGCAGCAGGCUGGUGCUGCUGAAGCAACGCAUGCGAAUCAGGCUCUGCAGCAGCAGCAGCAGAAGGCAUUGGGUCCCCUGUUGCUGCACCCAAUUCCCUUGCUGCUGCCUGCAGCAUGCUUUUCUUCGCCUCGUGUGUCCGUCUCUCCGUCGAGCGUCUCCAUAGCCCCCGUUGCCUUUGCUUCUCCUGGCAGCAGCAGCAGUAGCAGCAGUCGGCGGCAGCAGCAACGGGAGCUGCUAAGGCCUGAGAAGGGUACGUGGGGCCUGGGCCGCAUAGCAGCACGCGAUGUCUCGUGCAGCACAAAUGAGGGCCUCAGCGCCCCGCCAAACGUCUCUGUCUUCGAGGCCUACAGACUCCACUCCACAUCCGCUACAAACGAACACGGCUCAGUCAUUACUGUGAGACCGGCGGAGCCUGCUGGUGUAAAGCUACGUGGCCCUUGCUUUUACUCUUGCUAG